AUGGACAAUAGUAGCCACCACACGGCGACCAAAAUCUUAGCAACUUCUCCAGUCAGAGAGAGCCUGUCUGCUGGAAGCAACAUGAUCAGCACCUCCAAACCCCUGGCGUUCUCCAUUGAGCGAAUCAUGGCCAGGACUCCAGAGCCCAAGUCCACCCCGGGGCCGCCCUUCCUCCAAGGAUCCGUGCCCAAAGGAGACCCCAAACACUCUCUGCACCUCAACUCCUCCAUCCCCUGCAUGAUCCCCUUUGUCCCGGUGGCGUACGACCCCCUCCCCAAAGCGGGGGUGGCGGGAUCAGAGGCCAGGAAGGCUCACUUGGACUCCUCUGCCUCCCCCUUCAGCUGCGGCGAUCUAUUGAACUGUGCCCUGAGCCUAAAAGGCGAUUUCCCCCGCGACGCCCUGCCCCUGCAGCAGUACAAACUGGUGAGGCCGCGAGUGGUCAAUCACUCCUCUUUCCACGCCAUGGGAGCGCUGUGCUACUUCAACCGCGGCGACGGCCCUUGUCACCCGGCGUCCAGCCUCAACAUCCACCCGGUGGCUUCUUAUUUCCUCAGCUCGCCUCUGCACCCGCAGCCCAAGGCGUACCUGGCGGAGAGAAACAAACUGGUGCUGCCGUCCGUGGAAAAGUACCCUUCCGGAGUGGCCUUUAAAGACUUAUCGCAGGCUCAGCUCCAGCACUACAUGAAAGGAAGUGUCCAGAUCCUAUCGGAAAAAAUCGCCUUCAAGAGCUCGGAGUUCAGCCGGAGCUCUCCCAGCAGCAAGCCCAAAGUUUUCACGUGUGAAGUUUGUGGAAAGGUAUUUAAUGCACAUUAUAAUUUAACUCGCCACAUGCCAGUCCACACAGGAGCCAGACCCUUUGUUUGCAAAGUUUGUGGCAAGGGCUUCAGACAAGCAAGCACUCUCUGCCGGCACAAGAUCAUACACACCCAGGAAAAGCCUCACAAGUGUAACCAGUGCGGCAAAGCGUUUAACCGAAGUUCCACUUUAAACACACACACACGAAUCCAUGCCGGCUACAAACCUUUUGUCUGUGAAUUCUGUGGCAAAGGAUUUCAUCAAAAAGGUAAUUACAAAAACCACAAACUGACCCACAGCGGCGAGAAGCAGUUCAAGUGCAAUAUCUGCAACAAGGCUUUCCAUCAGGUGUACAACCUGACCUUCCACAUGCACACCCACAACGACAAGAAGCCCUUUACCUGCCCCACCUGCGGCAAGGGCUUCUGCAGGAACUUUGAUCUCAAGAAGCAUGUCCGCAAGCUGCACGACAGCUCCCUGGGACUGCCUCGAGCCCCUGCCGAGCCGGGACCAGACCAGACGCUGCAGCCGCCGGGCCCGCUGCUGCAACAGCCGCACCAUCAGUGA